AUGUCACACAGCAGGGAGCUUUGUUCAACAUGGCUGCUCGCAGAGGGACGCCAAGCUAACCCCCGAGCAAGGACCACAGCGAUCAGGAGCGACAGAGAGACGCCAACUGACGUCCACAGCUCUCUUGACCUGAGUGCCCCUUUAGGCGAGGGGAGGAAGGAGGCGGAUGCCAGGGGCGAGAUGCUGGGAACAGGAUUCGGGAAGAGCCACGGGAGUGGGAAGAAGCUGAGGAAGAAGCAGCAGGGGACGGAGGAGGAGGGUCAGGGUGAGGGGGAGGCGGGCAGCUGCUCUCCCCUGGCCCUCUCCCAGAUGGAGGUGUCGCCCACCUCCUACAUCAUCCAGUGGCUGUCGGGCCACCCCUACCCCUCGCCCACCACCGCCGAUGACCCGCCCUCCUUCCACGACCUGUACCACCGCACGGGAGCGAGGGUGCCCUCCCCGGCUGCCCUGGGGGGGGAGGGGGAGAGGGAGGGGGAGCAAGGGGGGGUGGCGAGGAACGGCCUCAACACCUACGCUCAGACCAUCCGCUACAGCGGCGGCGGCAGUGCCGGCAGCGCCGAGGGGCCCGACGAGCCGGCCAUCCAUCAGUCCGGAGUGCCGGUGGCAUUGGAGAACAAGUCCGCGGAGGACAUCUGCAAGUGGUUGACAGAUUCUGGCUUCCAGACAUACGGCCAACGAGUCAUAGGAAAUCAGUGCAAAGUCACGGAGCAGCAAGCUGAAGAAAAUUGGGACGUGAAGGACAGGUGUAGUUCUUGCAGAUCCGAUAAGUUGACCACCACGAGCGGAACGGCCAAGUCCUUGGAGAGGAUGACCACGGAGGAGGUUUGCAAGUGGCUGACUGACUCGGGAUUCGGGACGUACGUGCCCCAUAUCAGAGAGUUUGGGAUCACGGGCCAGCAACUGGCCAACACAGACUCGGAGCUGUUUGACCAGCUACAGCUGCGGACAGCCGAGGACAGGGAGAGGCUGCUGUUUGCCCUGUACCAGGAGCUGAACCCAUCCGACAUGAACGUGGAGGAGAUCCUGGGAAUCACAGACAUUAACAACGUGUUCUCGAGCGUGGAGUUACCAGUGCAAAGGCCCAGCUCUGAGCCCUGGGUCUCUGAAGAUCUGGCCACAGGAGGCCAUUUGCUUCAGUCAAAUUCCAGUUACAUAAUCCUUGAAGAUUCAAUGGUCAAUAACUCACCAGGGGAUAACUCGUACACUCACCAACCGGUUCAGGAGAUGUCGAAGAGGUCCCCGCCUUCGACACCUUCGACCGUAAAGGACCAGGAGUCCCUGCUGCCCCAGCGAGUGAUGGAGCUCUCUCAGGUUGUGGAGGACGGGCUACGGGAAGCAAGCCGCCAGGCCCAGGAGUGCAACCUGCCCAAACCGCUGGACCCGGCUCUGGUGCAGGACAGGAUGCGCUGCAUCCAAGGAAUGAUGCAGGAGGUGGAGGACAAAGUGUUGCAGGCUGAGUUACGCAAACAAUCCUGCAGGCGGCUAGACAGGAACCCAGACAAAAUGUCAGCUGAAGGAACGGUUCUGGAGCUGCAACUCAUCCAGCACAAACUGGCCUUAAUCCAAUUGAAGCAGCAAUUCUCCCAGGUGAAAACGCAGCUCCACCUGAAUAACCUGCAGGCCAAGUUGCAACAGGGCAGGAAACCGCUGUCACCUCUGGUCCCCGACGCGGCCCAGUUACUGUGCAUGGAGCUCGACGUGGAUCCAGACAAGCUGGGGUGCAUUUUGGACAUCGAUUCGUCAGGGACCCCCGUGGUGAAGUCACCUGUACUUCCGUUACUGGCCGAGGGAGAUCUGGUAAUUGAGAUAAAUGGAGGAUGUACACGAGGCUGCUCGGUGGAAUGUCUGGAGCGGAUGUUUGGUGGAGUGAGCAGGGCCAAGGUUCUGCUCCUACGGACCGGGGAGAGGCAGUGCGCCAGGCCACCGGACAGCCCCUGCUCUCUGGAGGUUGCCCUCAAGGAGCUGUCAAGCCUGCAGUCGGAGUUCAUUGCCACCAGCGUCGAGCUGUCGUCCCUCAGGAACGAGAAGGAGAUGAUGCUGGCCGAAAUGGAGAAGCUUCAAGAGAGGGAGUCUCUGCUCCUGCUGGAAAACAAGCGGGUUCUCCAGUCCUCCGACUCUCUCAAACAGCUGCUGGAGAGGUCAGAGUACCGCUGGAUGUUCCUCAAGGAUCAGCUGGAGGCAAUGAAAGGAGCGUUUCACCUGGAGACGAAGAAGCUGGAUACAGUGGAGGCACGGCUGAAGGAUGAAAUAGAUGCUCUGAAACUGAAAUCUAGCCAAGAUGACAGGAAGAUCAAAGACCUUGCGACAGCAUUGAAGGAAAAGAAUGCCCGCUCCGAGCAGCUGCCGACAGCGGUUGCGGCGGAGGAGGAGGACGAGGCCGUGCCGCGGAGCCCGUGGCUCGACCGCCGGGCGUGCGGAGACCGACAGCCGCAGGCCCAGGCCUGGCAAUGGCAGGAGGGCGGCGAGAGGGACCAAGAAGAUGGCCCCCAAAAGUGCCACGGUGCCCCGCAGACCCAAUGCGGGGAAAGGGACCAACAAGAUGGCCGCCAACAACAACACGCCGCCCCUCAGUCCGAGUGCGGGGACAGGGACCAACAAGAUGGCCGCCGAAAGCACCACGUUGCCCUUCAGUCUCACAGCAGACAAUGGUUCCAACAAGAUGGCCGCCGCCAAGAUUGUCACUCCCCCCCUCAGUUACAGUGCGGGGAGAGGAUCCAACAAGAUGGCCGCCAACAGCGCCACGAUGUCCUUCAGCCACAGUGCGUGGAGAGGGACCAACAAGAUGGCCGCCAGCAUCACGCUGCCCCUCAGCCACAGUGUGGGGCGAGAGACCAAAAAGAUGGCCGCCAACAUCGUCACGGUGCCCCUCAGCCACAGUAUGGGGAGAGGGUCCAACAAGAUGUCCGCCAACAGCACCACGCUGCCUCUCAGCCACAGUGUGAGGAGAGGGACCAAGUAGAUGGCUGCCAACAUCGUCACGAUGCCCCACAGCCACAGUGCGAGGAGAAGGACCAACAAGAUGGCCGCCAGCGUCAAGCUGCCCGUCAGCCACAGUGUGGUGAAAGGGACCAACAAGAUGGCCUCCAAAAGACUCAAGUUGACCGACCACGUCAAUGCAGGGAGAAGGGCCAACAAGAUGGCCGCCAAAAUCGUCACGAUGCUCCUCAGCCACAGUGCGGGGAGUGGGACCAACAACAUGGCCACCAUCGUCGUGCCGCCCCUCAGUCACAAAGCAGAGAGUCGGACCAACUAGAUGGCCGACAACACCGUCAUGCUAUCUCUCAACCACAGCGUGGAGAGAGGGACCAACAAGAUGGCCGCCAACAGCAUCACCCUGCCCCUCAGUGUGGAGAGAGGGACCAACAAGAUGGCCGCCAACAGCAUCACCCUGCCCCUCAGUGUGGAGAGAGGGACCAAAAAGAUGGCCGCCAACAGCGUUACACUGUCCCUCAGUGUGGAGAGAGGGACCAACAAAAUGGCAGCCAACAGCACCACACCACCCCUCAGCCACAGUGCGGGGAGAGGGACAAACAAGAUGGCUGCCAACGACACGCUGCCCCUCAGCCACAGUGUGGGGAGAGGGACCAAAAAGAUGGCCGCCAACACCGUUACACUGCCCCUCAGUGUGGAGAGGCGGACCAACAAGAUGGCCGCCAACAGCAUCACGCAGCCCCUCAGUGUGGAGAGAGGGACCAACAAGAUGGCCGCCAACAGCGUCAUGCAGCCCCUCAGUGUGGAGAGAGGGACCAACAAAAUGGCCGCCAACAGCGUCAGGCUGCCCCUCAGUGCGGAGAGAGGGACCAACAAGAUGGCCGCCAACAGCAUCAGGCUGCCCCUCAGUGCGGAGAGAGGGACCAACAAGAUGGCCGCCAACAGCAUCAGGCUGCCCCUCAGUGUGGAGAGAGGGACCAACAAGAUGGCCGCCAACAGCGUCAUGCAGCCCCUCAAUGUGGAGAGAGGGACCAACAAAAUGGCCGCCAACAGCGUCAGGCUGCCCCUCAGUGUGGAGAGAAGGACCAACAAGAUGGCCACCAACAGCGUCACGCAGCCCCUCAGUGUGGAGAGAGGGACCAACAAGAUGGCCGCCAACAGCAUCAGGCUGCCCCUCAGUGCGGAGAGAGGGACCAACAAGAUGGCCGCCAACAGCGUCACGCAGCCCCUCAGUGUGGAGAGAGGGACCAACAAGAUGGCCGUCAACAGCGUCCGGCUGCCCCUCAGUGUGGAGAGAAGGACCAACAAGAUGCCCUACAAAAACCCCAUGACGCCUGUCAGCCUCAAUGCGAAGAGAGGGACCAACAAGAUGGCCGCCAGCAGCGUCAUUCUGGGUACCGAGUGACGCGCGCAGAGAGGGAGCAGCGGCGGCAGCACGGCGCCGACCACCCGCUGCCCAGCGCAGGGGAGUACGGGGCUGCCCCCCGGCCGCGCGGUGUUGACGCCAGUCCGGGUGGCUCUCCGCAUGCGCAGCCCUGCCGACGGCGUCACCACCGGCACCCCGCGCAUGCGGAGUACGGGCUGAUCAAGGAGCACCUGGUGCAGCUCAGCAUGAAGCUGGGGCAGCAGCAGCCCAACAGGCCGAAGUCCUCUGUCCUCCCGCAUGACAGAGCCCACAGGAAAAAACAAACGUCUCACCAUGUGUCCACCAAACGCCAUCCCCUUCCAGAAAUUGAGCCAGUACCAGACCCGCUCCACACCAAGAUCCAGAGAGACCGAAGGGCGAACAACACUCCAACCUCUCCAGAGCUAUCGAAAGACACAGCUGCAAAGAAAAAGCAGCUGGUCCAGUUAUUACAGAUGGUGGCAACUCACUCCCCCCAUCUCCUCAAGGCAAACAUGCUGGAAAGUUGAAGAGGAAGAUCAUCCCAGCAGGGAGGACAUCUGACAACCAAGUUCCCGACCGUUGGUGGGGGCACUGUGCUGCUACUCCUUGUAUGAGCUGGCAGUGACAGAAACUCUCUUAUACAGCUACACAGAAGGAUAUUAAAUGGUUCAGAUUC